UCUAGGGUUAGUCCAAAGUCUACAACGGAACUUCUCUGUUCACCCUCUUGGAUCAGAAUAGCUCAAGGGCUAAUCAAAUCUGAGUUCCAGGCAAGUGAUGAGUGAAUCAUCUGAUAGCAAACACUGAGCACAGAUAAGAUUGAUUAGGAGGCUGCAUGCCUAGAGGUAAGGAGGGAAACGUUUCAGAGAAGGUCUGGCAGAGAUCCUCUAGGUGGGAAUUCCCCUGCUUGCAUAGCCCAAGUUGAGAAGUGAAGUGGGAAGGCGACAGCGGCACGAGAGAUAGCUGAGUGAAGAGUGAUCACCAAGAGAGAGAUGAAACAUGAAAUAAGUUAACUGGCACGCAGACACCAGAGCUGGAGCACCAGGGAAUGUCUUCUACAUGGAGGCAAAAAAAAUGUCUACACAUACCUGGCAAGUGUGGGCCAUGUACAUGGUCUUGGCUGUCAGUCUCUCUGAGGAACAAGCCCUGAAGCAGGCCUGUCCUUCAUGCGAUGCCACACAGUCUUGCAACUGCUCUUCCAUGGGCUUGGACUUCAUUCCCUCGGGGCUCACGGACAAAAUCACGGUGUUAGACUUGGCCCGCAACAGGAUAAAGCACAUCCGAGCGCACGAUCUGCAGCAGGCUGUGAACCUGAGAACCCUGCUGCUGCAGUCCAACAAAAUCAGCUCCAUAGACGAGGACUCGUUUGUCUCCCUGGGGAAACUGGAGCUCUUGGACUUGUCAAAUAACAGCCUGGCUCACUUGUCCCCAGGGUGGUUUGAGCCCCUGUUUUCACUCCAGCACCUCCACAUUCACGGCAAUUGCUAUAGCGACCUGGGGGAAAGUUCUCCCUUUUCUAGCCUGAGAAACUUGAGCUCUCUCCACCUGGGCAACCCGCGGUUCUCCACAAUAAGGCAAGGAAACUUUGAGGGCAUUACGCUUCUCAACCAGCUGUGGAUCGAGGGCAGCAAUCUCAGUCUGUAUGAGCCUGGAAGUCUGAAGUCAAUUAAGAAGAUAAGUCACAUGAUCAUAAGCAUAAGAAGGGUAGAUCUGUUCUCAGCAAUUGUUCGGGACCUUCUGCACUCUGCCAUUUGGUUAGAAAUUAGAGAAAUAGCAUUCAAUAUACCUGAAGAAAUACAACUUUUGAGAGUUAUAUCUUUGUCUUUUGCAAAGAAAAUUUCUUUUAAACAGGUCUUACUCACAGAUGCUACUGUGCCUGGGAUUGUCAGUAUUUUAGAAAAUGUGCCAAAAUUAGUUGAGGUGGAGAUGAAAGACUGUAGACUCUUGGGCACUGGAAAAUGGGAUUUAAAAUUUCAAGCAAACCAAUCACAGUCUCUGACAGUUCUGACAAUAGAGAAAUUAUCUAUAGAGGAAUUUUAUUUGUUUACAGAUCUUCAGGCUGUACUAGAUCUACUAUCUCUCUUUACCAAAAUCACAGUUGAAAAUACCAAGGUCUUUUUGGUACCAUGCAGGCUUUCAAAACAACUUCUGUCAUUAGAGUAUCUUGACCUUAGUGCAAAUUUGCUUGGAGAUCAGAGUUUGGAGCACUCAGCCUGUCCAGGUGGUUGGCCUUUACUACGAACUUUAAAUUUAAGUCAGAAUUCACUGAGUGACUUAAAAAUGACAGCUAAAAGCUUGUCUCAUCUAAGAAACUUAAUUCUUUUAGACAUUAGCCAAAACAAUUUUGGUGAGAUUCCAGAUGUGUGUGAGUGGCCAGCAAAUUUGAAAUAUUUGAAUCUCUCCAGUACUCAAAUUCCCAAAUUAACGGCUUGCAUUCCCUCAACUCUCGAAGUGUUGGACAUCAGUGCAAAUAACCUGAAGGAGUUUAGUCUGCAUCUGCCAUUUCUCAAAGAGCUGUACCUUGCAAAAAACCAGCUGAAGGCCUUGCCUGAUGCGGCAAGCAUUCCUAACUUGGUGGCCAUGUCAAUCAGAAGAAACAAGCUCAACAGCUUCUCCAAGGCAGAGUUGGAGUCCUUCAGGAAAAUGGAGUUGCUGGAUGCCAGCGCCAAUAACUUUAUCUGCUCCUGUGAAUUCCUCUCCUUCAUUCAGCACCAGGCAGGGAUAGGCCAGGUGCUCGUGGGGUGGCCAGAAAGCUACAUCUGCGACUCUCCCCUGGCGGUGAGGGGGGUGCAGGUUGGAGCCGUGCAGCUCUCACUGAUGGAGUGUCACCGGUCCCUGGUGGUGUCCUUGAUCUGCGCUGUGGUUUUCCUGGUCAUCCUCAUCCUGGUGGCCAUUGGGUACAAGUACCAUGCAGUCUGGUACAUGAGAAUGACGUGGGCGUGGCUCCAAGCUAAGCGGAAGCCCAAGCGAGCCCCCCCAAAGGACAUCUGCUACGAUGCUUUUGUCUCCUACAGCGAGAACGACUCCAACUGGGUGGAAAACGUCAUGGUGCAGGAGCUGGAGCAGGCGUGUCCCCCCUUUAGGCUGUGCCUCCAUAAGCGGGACUUUGUGCCCGGGAAGUGGAUUGUGGAUAACAUCAUCGACUCCAUCGAGAAGAGCCACAAAACGCUCUUUGUGCUGUCGGAGCACUUUGUGCAGAGCGAGUGGUGCAAGUACGAGCUGGACUUCUCGCACUUCCGCCUCUUUGACGAGAACAACGAUGCGGCGAUUCUCAUCCUCCUGGAGCCCAUCCAGAGCCAAGCUAUUCCCAAGAGGUUCUGCAAACUGCGGAAGAUAAUGAACACAAAGACCUACCUAGAGUGGCCUCAUGAAGAAGAGCAGCAGGAGAUGUUUUGGUUUAAUUUGAAAGUAGCUCUAAAAUCCUAGACAGAGACAUUUAAGACUAUGUAGAAAAUAUUUGCUGGAUUCAUUUCCCUUGCCUCUUUGUCCAUCAUCUACCCAUAUCUUUAUAACAAAGGUUUGAGCUACUGAGAUUUCUGUUACUUGCUGUGAAAUUGUUUUAUUUUUGUUACUGUAGUCAUGAAUUUUCUACGCGUUUUAACCAGCGUUAUUAACAAAAGCAGUUUCAUUUAAAUAAUUAAUGAUGAAAAGUUAUUUAGACACAUGGCUAUGUAGUUUAUAUACUUUAGUCUUUGCAAUAGCUGUAUGAAAGAGCCUGCUUAGCCAAGGGUGUUUCUGUAUUUUUUGUAUAAACUACUUCUAAUCAAGUGCAAUAAAGGUUAGUUUAUGCAGCAGUUUA